AUGGAGGGCGACAAGAAACAGUUGCUGUCGUUUGGCUUCACCAAGAAACAGGACAAUGUACAACUUGCCAAGUCGGCCGUUAGCGAGGAUGUUGAUCAACAAGUUCACGAAACUGAUUAUGUUCUCUCACUGGAAGGUAAAGAAGUGAAGUCAUUAAAACGUUCAGAUAAGCCGAUUAAGAGAGAAUAUAUCAUUCCACUGAUCAAACACAACAAAUGGCGAGCUGCUGAGGGCUCAGGCGAUAACGUAAACACGGACACGCCAGCAAGUCUUGACCAGCAGGCUCUUCAGGAGGUUCUACAAGAUACAGCUCGCUACAACCAAGAAUGGGUUGACAGGGGUCAGGAAGACACACACAGCGUCAUUCCCCUGUUGCUGCAGAACAAGAUCCCUGAGGGGUUUGAAUCUGACGAGCGUUUGGAUGUGGCGCUGAGACCCCAGGAGCCCAGCGAGGCCGACUACCAGCAGGUUCCCAUCGAACAGUUUGGUCUGGCCAUGUUGAGAGGCAUGGGCUGGAGCAAAGACAAAGGUAUCGGCAAGAACAGUAAAGUUACAGUACCUGUAGAAGCACACAUACGGCCGAAAGGCUUAGGGCUGGGAGCUGAUCGCAACAACUCAGGGCCAGACAAGACAAAUCUAGCUCACAAUGGAGUUGAUGACAAAGGAGAAGAACUUGAGUUGAAGAAAUCUGCCCACUGUGUGCUGACUGCCGGAAGUAACAAAGACUUGUACGGGACCAUUGAGGGAAUUGAUGAAGAUAAUUCUCGGGUGAUGAUCAAACUAGCACUCAGUGGUAAAGUUGUCAACAUCAUGCAGUCCAAUGUCCGUGUGGUUGGUAAGCCAGAAUUUGAGAAAUAUUCCAAAUACCUCAACAAGCAGAAAACCGACGAAUAUAAAGACAAUGAAAUAAAAAGGCUGGAAAACUUGGAGGAUGGUAAACAUUCAGAUGCAUCUAAAUCACAGAAGUCUAAAGGAGGAAUGACUAUGCAGUCUGACAGUGAUUCUGAUGUUCACAGUAGCCGAGAUAAGAGAAGUAUGACCGGUGACAAGCGCAGGUAUGAUGAUGAGAAUCAGCGACGGUCUAAGCACAAGAAGAGAGGUGACAGAACAGAUAAACACAGCAGACAGAAAGUAGAUUCCUCAUUAGACUGUGUAGAAUCAGAUGAGAGAAAACAUUCUCGUAGAGAGACCAUAUCCUGGCUGAGAAAUGACCUCCGGGUCAGAAUCAUAGACAGACAUCUUGAGGGAGGUAGAUAUUACAAGGACAAGGCAGUUAUCAUUGAUGUGCCGUCACAGGGAAUGUGCGUCUGCCGGACAGAUGGUGGGCGAGUUGUUGAGAAUGUGCCUGAGUUAUCCUUAGAGACAGUUGUGCCCAGGGUGGAAGAUGCUUGUGUAGCGAUAGUUGGAGGGUCACACAGAGGUCAGAUAGGGCACAUCAUGAAGAGAGACAAAGACAAGUGUCUGGCCCUGGUGCAGUUGCUGGCUGACAGGGACACGCUACUGAGGGUACCCUACAACCACAUCUGUGAGUAUGUUGGAGAUGUACACCAGUGUCACGAUUAUUAG